UUGCAAAAAGCGAUAGCAGGACAAGGGACCGCCUGUGUGACGGUGCACUCCGUGGCAGCAAGGCGACUCACACGAGGACCCGGACAGAAUACCCCAUCUGACACCGUGAACACAACUCAUCAGCCAGGAUGUGCUGCAGGGUAUCCACUUGCUGCUGCGUCAUGAAUCUCCGUCUCGCCACGCUCAUCACUGCUGUCCUCAGUUUGAUGGGCAACAUUGGGAUACUUGCCUACACGUCAUGGGACAUGAAGAUGACUAGGCUGAUCUUGCAGAAGUUGCUCAAAGACGGCGGAUCGGAAGAGAAGGACUUGAUGCUAGUGAGAAGCUACAGAGCGCCGACGGGACCUGGUGCAGUGUUGGAUGCACGGACACGCGCUAGUGUCUGGAGCUUACCUGGUCUACUUCUGGUUUGUGCUCGUGAACAACUUCGCCGCUGGCUUCAUCCUGUCUGGCUUCAUGUUUUUGGGCUCAACCAUCACCGCCGUAGGUGCAGGUGCCGCGCUGGUAGUGGUGCAAUGGUGACCACCAUGGUGGUGAUGCUCAAGCAAUGCUGCUGCGGCUGCACACCUCGGACUGGCACCCUCAUCAUCGCCGUGGUGUUCGCGAUCGUGUCCGCGCUGUUGGUGGUGAUGUUCUCUCUGGGUGCAGUGGUCAGCUCAGAGCAGCACUCCCAGCUGGUGCAGGAACAACGCGAGAGGGAGAGGGAGGCUCUGGAGCACCAGAUCACCACCACCACCACCACUACUAUACACCCUGCAGAUGACGUCGACGACUAUAGUGAGGCGCAGCAACUGUCACUGGCCUCCAGGAUCACCGUCCUGAUGUUCUGGAGGUGCCUGACCGUGCUCAUCACGCUGGCCGAGGCGCUGGAUUUCCUCCUAAGCGUGCUGCUCAUGUUCGCCGCAGACAAGAACUCUGCCCGCCACGUUCGGCUGUGGCUGCUGGGCUUCUGCGCGGUCUGCUGCUGCCGCACGCUGAUCCUGCUCAUCCUCAACGGAGUCAUCUUCUACGCCAAACCCAUAUCGCUGGCCGUCUUCGUCUUGGGCGUCGUCACAAUCUUAACAGUGGGCAGUGUCUACAGCUUGCUGGUGGUGUUCAGCUACCAUCGCCAGCUGGUUGGCACAGCUAUAGCCAGAAGGAUCUCCCAGCAGGAGGACUGACCAGCAACUCCCGUGGACACAUCAUACACUGGGCUCCACAAUUGUCACGAGAAGACAUUCAUCUUUGUGAAAGUGUAAACAGUGUAUAUAUAAAAUUUUAAUAAAAGUAAUGAAGAUGAUUCUAGUCAA